GAGGAGGAAGUGAGCGCUGAAAAGCAGCUUUCUUACUGUACCUGACACAGUUUACUCUCACAAUAUGCUCACUCUGCGACAAAUGAAUGUACACAUUGACACAUCUGUUUACUUGGGCACCUGCUGGAGAAACUGACUCGGCCGGAGAUGACACAGAACCGGACUAUAGCCAGCAAUGGCACUCAAAAAGAUGAACUUAAAAUUGUGAUUGUUGGAGAUGGGGGUUGUGGAAAGACAUCCCUGCUGAUGGUGUACGCCAAAGGAGACUUUCCAGAGAAAUACGCCCCAUCUGUGUUCGACAAAUACGUCACCACUGUGAAUCAUGGAGGGAAAGACAUUCAGCUAAAUCUUUACGAUACAGCAGGUCAAGAAGACUACGAUCGCUUGAGGCCUCUCUCGUAUCAAGACGUAAACCUUGUUCUCAUCUGUUAUGAUGUGACCAAUCCAACCUCUUUCGACAACGUCACGAUAAAGUGGUACCCGGAAGUCCAUCAUUUCUGCCGCGACACCCCCAUCAUCCUGAUAGGAUGCAAGACAGACUUGAGAAAGGACAAAGAGAAGAUGAGAAAACUCAAAGCCUUAGAUAUGGCUCCUAUCACCUACCUCCAGGGUGAGGAGAUCCAGAAGCAAUUGAAAGCUGAGGUAUACCUGGAGUGUUCGGCUAAAUACAGAGAAAACGUGGAGGACAUUUUCAGAGAAACGGUCAAGCGAGCGCUCGCAGCCAGAGCCAAAGCAAAACACGCCCGCAAGAAGAAGAAGCACUGCAGCAUCCUGUGACCACUGCAAGAAAACUUUUUGGAAACGUUCAGAUGAAUAUGAAAAGAAAUGGCUGAGCCGUUUCGAAGGACAUGAAGUGUGUGUUGGACCACGUGGUGUUUAGGAACGUGAGCCACACCUGCCUUUGCGUGUUGUUGAUACCUGAUCAACCUGAUCAAAUGCAAUGACGGGAAUGCACGAAAUGCUGCUGUUGUCUCAGGAAAGAAACCGAUUAUGGGAUGUCUUUCUACAUCUGGUUCCCCUUUGGUGACAGUGAUGGUGCACUGCUGAAGCGUUCGUAACUGCCUAUAUUGUGCACUGGGAUGUAACAUGUUACUGUUGCACGAUUCUUUUGAUUCACAUGCACAUUUAUAUGUACAAGUUGCACCAAAACCUACUGUGGUUGUACUACGGUACAGUGCUAAUAUAAGAUGUCAUAUUUUGAUAAAUGCCAUGCUUGAAUAACUAUUAUAUUUAUGUAUGUGGUGUUUACAUUGUCCCUCUACUCUUAUGAAAAUUAACCGUGGUAUUAAAUUCAAUCAAAACCGCAACAAAACCAAAAAACAUGGUUGGCGAGACAAACUAUGCUAACCACAAACUAACCAUGGUAUUUGUAGUAAAGCUGUGGUACUCCAAAUCUCCCCAAAACAGACUUCUAGUCUAAUUUUACUAUAGUAAAACCAUGGUUAAUUUUGGUAAAAGUUAGGUAUGUCAGAGAAUACCAUAGUGGGCAUGCACAACAACGUGUGUGUUUUCUUGUUGCCGCUGUUUUGACCAUUUCAACCAUUUUUUCAUUGUUUAUUUCACAUGUUCAAAUAAAGAGAAUUUGUUUUACAGGA